AGGCGGCUGAUUCGAGGGCUUGUUUUGUCGCAAGCGGUGCCUCUGAGAAACUCAAGAGGGCGGACCAUGCCUUCUGAGGGUCGCUGCUGGGAGACCCUGCAGGCGCUGCGCAGUUCCAACAAAGGUCGCCUUUGCUAUCAUCGCGACUGUCUGCAGCGUGGUGAGGACAUUUUAGAAGAAUGUAUUUCUCUUCCCAAGCUAUCUUCUUACUCUGGAUGGGUGGUAGAUCACGUCCUACCCCAUAUGCAGGAGAACCCACCAUCUUCUGAGACCUCACCAUCCUUACCAUCCACUUCAACCCUAGAGCAACCCUCAUGUGUCCCCAAAUCUCCUGUCAGAAACUCUGCCUACUCACCAGCUUCUUCUACAACACCAAAUGGAACCAAGGGCAAACAUGAGUCCCAGCAUACAGAGUCCAUGGUACUUCAGUCUUCCCGGGGGGUCCAAGUGGAAGGCUGCAUCCGAAUGUAUGAAGUGGUACAUAGAAUGAAAGGAAGGGAAGGCCUGAGGCAAUGGCAGGAGGAGCAAGAGAGGAAGGUGCGUGCCCUCUCAGAGAUGGCAUCUGAACAGCUGAAGCGGUUUGAUGAACGGAAGGAACUGAAGCAGCAUAAAGAAUUCCAGGACCUGCGGGAAGUUAUGGAGAAGAGCUCCAGAGAAGCCUUGGGCCAUCAAGAGAAGCUCAAAGCUGAGCAUCGUCACAGAGCAAAGAUUCUCAACCUGAAGCUGCGGGAGGCAGAGCAGCAGCGCCUCAGGCAGGCAGAGCUCGAGCGGCUUCGGAGAGAAGAGGGCGAGGGUCGCCUGCGCAGCCUCUACGCCCUGCAGGAGGAGGUGCUGCAGCUCAGCCAACAGCUGGACGCCUCUGACCAGCACAGGGACCUGCUGCAGAUCAACCUGGCGGCCUUCCGCACCCGAGGCAACCAGCUGUGCAGCCUCAUCUCAGGGAUCAUUCGGGCCACUUCAGAGAGUGGCUAUCCCACAGCAGAGGACCAAGCCGAGGCUGAACAAGCUCUUCAGGAAAUGCGGGACCUCCUUACAAACUUGGGACAGGAGAUUACCAGAGCCUGUGAAGACAAGAGGAAGCAGGAUGAAGCCGAGGCCCAGGCAAAGCUACAAGAGUCAAAGAUGCAGCAGGGACCGGAGGCUCACAAAGAGUCCCCAGCACCUAGUGAGGGCCCAGGAGGGAAACAGAAUGAAGACCUCCAGAUGAAGGUACAAGACUGUACAAUGCAGUGGUACCAGCAGCUGCAGGAUGCAUCCGCACAGUGUGUGCUAGCCUUUGAGGGUCUUACCAACAGCAAAGAUGGGCAGGCCAAAAAGGUAAAGAUGGACCUUCAGAAGGCUGCUACCAUCCCAGUGAGCCAAAUCUCCACCAUUGCAGGUUCAAAGCUGAAGGAGAUAUUUGACAAGAUCCACAGCCUGCUCUCUGGAAAACCUGUUCAAUCUGGUGGGCGCUCUGUAUCUAUCGCACUUAACUCACAGGGGCUGGACUUUGUCCAGUAUAAACUGGCAGAGAAAUUUGUGAAACAAGGCGAGGAGGAGGUGGCCUCUCAUCAUGAAGCAGCAUUCCCUAUCGCAGUGGUAGCAUCUGGGAUCUGGGAGCUCCACCCCAGAGUUGGGGACCUCAUUCUUGCUCAUCUACACAAGAAGUGUCCUUACUCUGUUCCUUUCUAUCCAGCUUUCAAGGAGGGAAUGGCUUUGGAAGACUAUCAGAGGAUGCUAGGCUACCAAGUGAAAGAUUCCAAAGUAGAGCAGCAGGACAACUUUCUGAAACGCAUGUCUGGGAUGAUCCGGCUCUAUGCUGCUAUCAUCCAGCUCCGGUGGCCAUAUGGACCUCGACAAGAAAUUCAUCCUCAUGGCUUAAAUCAUGGCUGGCGCUGGUUGGCACAAAUCUUAAACAUGGAGCCCCUGUCAGAUGUUACAGCCACCCUCCUCUUUGACUUCUUGGAGGUGUGUGGCAAUGCCCUCAUGAAGCAGUACCAGGUCCAGUUUUGGAAAAUGAUAAUUCUCAUCAAAGAGGACUAUUUCCCCAGAAUUGAAGCCAUUACAAGUGCAGGACAGAUGGGUUCCUUCAUACGCCUCAAGCAGUUCUUGGAGAAAUGUUUGCAACGCAAGGAGAUUCCUGUCCCCAAGGGUUUUCUGACUUCGUCCUUCUGGCGCUCCUGAUGCUACUUCAUCCCUCACUACCACCGUUAUAUUGCAAAGAGGCAAUAAUAAAGCUACUGAGGAUCACUGUCUAUAGGGGAAGUCAUGUCACAUUUACAAAUUUGCCAAUAUUUAUUUUUACAUAUUCAUACCAUGUGACUAAGACAGAUUUUCAUGGGACACAAAGUCUUGGAGGUCUCUUAGUGAACAAGAUAGCUCCUAAAGUGGUGUACACAAUAGAGUAAAUGGAGUAAUGAGAAAAUGUGCUUAAUGACAUGUCUUAUCCUUUUAUUUUUUUUGUCUCUAGUAUCUUUCAGAAAGUUGGUAAUAUUUUAACCUUUUCACUGUGAACUAGAGCUAGCUUGCCAUUUUUACCAUCCAUCCACCCCACCCCAUUCAGAUGAAUUCUGAGAAAAAGUAAAAAUUCAUAAGGUCCCCUGUGUAUAUCAUUGAGUAGUUGAGGCCAAAUCUUUAUGCAAGUCUGAGUUAUGUUUUGCCUUUCUCAGCUUGUGAAAAUUCUAAAUGCAGAGGAAAUGUGCCAUGAACACAUAGAUUAAGCCCCAGAUGGCAUCAGGGACACCUUAGUGUCUGGAAUUAGGACUGGAAACACAGGUGACAUUGAACUAAGAAGCAGUCUUCGUUGUCUUAAUUUGUAAUUUGGUCUCUUCAUGGCUGGCAUGGACUAGGGGCCGGGCGAGGUGGCUCACACUUGUCAUCCUAGUACUCUGGGAGGCCAAGGCGGGUGGAUUGCCUUAGCUCACAGGUUCAGGACCAGCCUAAGCAAGAGUGAGACCCCAUCUCUAAAAAUAGCCAGGUGUUGUGGCAGCUGCCCGUAGUCCCAGCUACUUGGGAGGGAGAGACAAGAGAAUCACUUGAUCCCAAGAGUUUGAGGUUGCUGUGAGCUGUGAUGCAACGGCACUCUACUAAGGCAACAAGUAAGACUGUAUGAAAAAAAAAAGAUGCAUGGAUUGGGGCAGGGGCAGGUACAGUUUCAUCUUUUUCAGUUUGAAUUAAGAUGGGCUGACACAGGGCUUUCAACAUUACACAUGAGUUGGGUGGCGCCUGUGGCUCAGUGAGUAGGGCGCCGGCCCCAUAUACCGAGGGUGAUGGGUUCAAGCCCAGCCCCGGCCAAACUGCAACAAAAAAAUAGCCGGGCGUUGUGGCGGGCGCCUGUAGUCCCAGCUGCUUGGGAGGCUGAGGCGAGAGAAUCGCGUAAGCCCAAGAGUUAGAGGUUGCUGUGAGCCGUGUGACGCCACAGCACUCUACCCUCGGGCAGUACAGCGAGACUCUGUCUCUACAAAAAAAAAAAAAAACAUUACACAUGAGCUGAGAAUCCAUGAACAAUUAAUAGGGGUUAAAUAAGGAUGUUAGGGAGGAAUUGAGAACUGCUGUAUAAUUUUUUGUAUGUUCUGAGUAAUGAAUGAUGGUAAUUUGCCUUACUAUUGCCACUGCAGAAAUCCAGAGCUUGACUAUUGAGAUAAGAUUGAGAUUUGCCUGACUACUGCCACUGCAGAAAUCCAGAGCUUGACUAUUGAGAUAAGAUUGAGAUUUGUUUCAUGGAAACAUUCAUUCUCUUUUUUACCUGCAAAGGGGCUGCCAGGGAUCUAUUCCUCUGUGCUAAGUGUUGUUGGGUGGAGAGGUGUUUACUGGUACUCUGGGGUGGCUUGAAGUGACCCUUUCUAUGAAUUAUUGACUAUGGUGCCCAAAAAUAAGUAAUAAAGCUUGAUUUUAA